CAAAAUAGGAAAUACACCUCCAAAAGGGUACCGGACCUCCUUCCUAAUCCGGCCUGUUUCGGGCCAUUUUAGUAAAUGGCUACAAAAGUUUCCCGGUUUGUAUGCAGGGAUAUCUUCUCAUAUUGUAAUGGAAAGUAGUGUACUUUGGUGAGUGUUCCUUAUGCAGGCACUAAAUUUGUUCUAAUACAAAAUCUACUAGUGGAGCAUAUGGAUAAAUUACUACUUUAGUAUUUAAAUCCUAUCUAUGGAGAAACUAUCUUAAUAAAAGAAUAAACUUAACGUCAAUUUUCAAUUAGCGACAUUAGUAAUAAAUAAUAAUAUUAAAGAUAAUAAACUUUACAUUCUCCUUCCUUAAGAUCUAAAUGGGAUUAUUUUCAAGAUCUUCAAAACAUGAGUUGACCCAAUUGAAUUCAUCUAAUUCAUUAAAUAAGUCUACUUCUUCAUUAAGUUCUAAAAAUUCAACUAAUAAUCUAAAAUUUUCCAGAAAUGAUAUAAGAAUAAAUCAGGUAGGUGAUGGAGUUUCCGGUAGAGUAGAUCUAUUUAGAUCAAGAUCAUCACCUGAAUUUAAAUAUGCUGUCAAAACUUAUCAUUCUAAAGAAAUGUAUGAAACGAAAUCUGAAUAUAAAGAUAGAGUACUUUAUGAAUAUAAUACUCUACGUCAUCUAGAUCAUGAGAAUAUUAUUCAAGUAUAUAAAUAUGAUGUUUCAUUUAAUGGUUUAACUGUUAAAACGUUCAUGGAAGCAGGAAGUCCAAAUUUAUAUCAAUUAAUCAAAUCUACUCCAAAAGAUAAAUUAGAUCCAUUAGGAAUGCAAUGCGUUUGGAAACAAGUUUGUCAAGGUGUAAAAUAUCUUCAUGAUCAUGAUAUAUGUCAUCGAGAUCUUAAAUUAGAAAAUUUAAUUGUAGAUAUAUCAACUCGUACGGUGAAAAUUAUCGAUUUGGUUACAGCAGCUGAUGUCCAUCAAAAUAAACAAGCAAUUGGUUUAGUAGGUUCACCUACUUAUUUUGCACCUGAAACCCUUGAAAAAAUUCGGUAUGAUGGUAAAAAAGCCGAUAUUUGGUCUUUAGGUAUAAUUCUUUAUUAUUUAUUAAAUAAAAAGUUCCCUUGGAAAUCUGCCAAAAUUUCCGAUGAAAGAUAUUUCGCUUUCAUUCAACCUAAUCCAGAAUAUGAUCAACAAUCCGCAGAUAUACUACCGAAUCCUAUAUAUGAUGAAAAGACACAUUUAGAAAUUGGUAAACCUUCAGUACUUCGAUAUUUACCAUCACAUUCUCUUUCGCUCACGAGUCAAAUUUUUGAAUCUGACCCUGAUAAAAGAUGUGGAAUAGAUAAUUUCUAUGCUGAUGAAUGGUUUAAUUCCAUACUAUUCUGUCAUAAGGGUAUAAAAUGUGGAGUCAAUCAUACUAUUAUAUUUAAAGAUCAUGAAACUUAACUCUGAUGUUAAAAGAGUUGACUCUGGAUGAAUCCUUUUAAUCCUUGACUCUGCUCCAAAGUCCAUAUGACUCUGAAUCAACUCUUCGCAUAAGCUUUUAUUUUGCGGGGACACAUUAAGUUUUAUUUACAACCGGAGUCUGAAGCACGUGACUUGGCCGCAACGGGAUAUAUUUUUUUCUGGAAUGUCCAAAAGCGAUGUGUCAUAGCGAGGGUUGAAAAAUUAUAAGAGGUUUAUAAAAUCUACUAUUUUUAAAGUUUAUAGAUACUAUACAAUUAGGUGGUUAACUUAGUAAUAAUUGAACAAUGCUUUCUGCCAGUUUACGUUCAUUAAGAACUCAAUCUACCAGGCAAAUCCCUGGUAUGAUUACUAGAAGA